AUGCCCCGGGAGCUUGCGGCAGCAGCGGCUCGUCAUCAGUUGUUCCCGAAAGUGAGCUUGCGCGUCGGUGACAUAGAUGCCGACCUGGGCAAACGAUCUCGUGGAAGUCUCACUGGGAGCCGGGUAGCUGGCGCCCUGGGCCUCAUCCCGGCGGAAGCCACGCUCGGCAAGAUGUCCGAGGUCUGCCGGCGCCGUGGUUUUCAAUUAGACCAGUCUGUGCAUCUUGCCAUCGCUACAUACGUCGACAAUGUCUAUUCUGCAAGCCAUACUUUGUAUAAUGCAACGUGCUUGCUGGACGAGUUUGAGGCCCGCAUUCUCGCCGAUUGGGGGCUCAAGAUCAAGCAUUCUAGUAAAGCUUGCAUGGUGGCUGCAGGAGGCGACCCUUCCGUCUCGGACGCGUCCGUUUGGGCACCAGCCAACUCGUUUGAAGCUUUGGGCCACAUCCUUGAGAAUACCGGAGCGCGCACGAUGUGUGUCGACAGGACCCUGGCCGCCAUGUGGCGAGCAUUUUGGGCAAACUGCUCACUGCAUCGGUUGCGGGAGGUCCCUUUGCAACAGCGUCUGAAGCUGCUGGAUCGGGCCGUACUUCCCGUGUUUGAUUAUCGAUGCAGCCGAUGGCCUCCGGCCGCCACCCUGGAAGGGCGCAUUGACACUUGUCAGCGCCGCAUGGUCGGCUUACUCAUGCGAGUGCCGCGGCACGCCGGCGAACCGGCGCCGGAUUACUUCCGCCGUAGGGCUAGCGAGGCCAAGGACUUGUGUCGCCAGAGACGUUGGUGGAGCCAUCGUCAUUGCUUCCGUGUCUUGGAUUGGCGCGCGCACCUUGAGCGACCCCGGAACAGUCGUUCAUGGGCGGCGGAGCUAUUGCAUUGGCAAGGUGAGCGGUGGCUCCAAGGCCGGAGGGCGCAACGCCACAGUUACAGCUUGCAUGCUGGACGUACAGACACGAGGCUGGCAGCCCGUCGUCCACGACAGAGGUGGCACGAUGGCGCUCGAUAUGCGUUGGAGCACGUGCCGCCUGGCUCGCACGCCAUUCUCUACCCCAACGCCGUCCUCCCUUCCCCCUCAGCCGGACGUGGUCCGCGCCAGUUUUGA